AUGCUCAAAGCAAAGGCACAAGGUUUGACUCCAGAUGGAGAGAAGAAGAAGGCGCGUGUGUACACUGAUGGAUGGUUCGUUUUGAAAUGGUUUAAAAGUGUAAUCGAAAACGUUCAGUUUUGAUUUUGUACAUUUUGCAAAUGCCAGAUUGCUCUGGCCGGCUAAACAAUACGGUAAGAAAUUGAUUGUCGGAAUUCACUCUGACGAUGAGGCGAGUUAACAAAAGACUAAAGGUUAUUCCGAAUAUUUCACGUUUCAGCUCGAUAACAACGGGAUUCUGCCAGUUUUCACAGAUGAAGAACGGUUUCGGCUGAUUUCUGCCAUCAGAUGGGUCGACGAGGCGUUCGACGAUGCCCCAUUCCACCCAGAAUCCUCAACGCUCAACCAAUUGGACUGUGAUAUUAUUGCUAUUCCAGGUGAGUUGAAUCGAUUGACUUGUUUAUGCCGAAAGUUGUCCGUAAACCGAACAAACGACCAGAUGUUGAGCAUCUGGUGUCCUCUGGCUUUCAGAUAUUAGCCACCCGACAACUGUUGAGAGCUCAAGGUACGAGGACAUUCGUGGCAGUGAACGGGCAAAACAAUAUGUGAUUUCGGAGCAUGUCACUGAUCAAGUAAACAUACGAAAUAUCCAAAUAAAUAAUAUUUUCUUCAUUUCUAGGAAGUUGCUGGACGACUAAUGCUAAACACUAAAACUCAUCACAUGGAAACGGAUUCGAUACUCGAUUUCAAAAGUGCAAUCCUUCCAUUUUCUCUGGUAAGUCUUAUUCAUAUCUAUAGAAACAUUGAAAAACCAAGAAAUUAAAAAAACAUCAAAAAUUGAAUUGAUUGUCAUGGUCUGGGCCGGCUGCUGUCACAGUCGGUUCUGGAUUUGACAAAUCUGGUUACCCUUGUCUGCUUGCUUGACAUCACUUUAUGUUUUAGGACCCUUCGAGCAACGAGCCAGUCACAUCGGUGUCCCUUUUCAAACAAAACUACACAUUUUCUCCCCUCGUCAUCGGCAGAAAACCAAAAUUGACGGACAAGGUGAGGGACAAACAAGAAUUUAUUAUUCGCGGCGGCAAGAUUAGUUACUUUCUUGUGCAUCCUCAAGCAUUUCGUACAAGCACUUCAACGUUUUCCUCUCCCAGAAAGUUCCACAAUAAAAAACGUUUGUGAAGUAGAAGUAGACGCCUGUCACACGCAAUCGAGCACGCUAUUACUCACUCAUUUCUGACAUCACAUCAUUCUUUUCGUUUCGAGAGAACAGGUGGAAAAGUGAAGUGAUCGGCAAAGGUCUGCGAAAACGAUGUGGGCAUACUGUAUGACGCGUGUUUUUUUUUUGCGAAAGGAAGAGAACUAGGAGAAGGAGACCAGGAACAAAAGAAUGGAAAAAAUAUAGAAUAACAAGGAACAAUUGUGAGACAAAGAAACAACUUUUACAGGUUGUGUACGUCAGCGGCGGUUUUGAUCUUUUCCAUGCGGGUCACUUGGCAUUUUUGGAGGCAGCUAAGGAGUUGGGCGACUAUUUGAUAGUUGGAAUCGUUGGAGAUGAUGUAAGAAUGCGCAUAUUAGCAUGAUAUUUGCAUUAACAGCACAUUUCAGGAUGUGAAUGAAGAAAAAGGAACUAUUUUUCCAGUUAUGAACUUGUUGGAGCGGACACUCAAUAUAACGUCGUUGAAGGUCUGAUUCAGGAAAAUUUGAAAGAAGUAUACUUGUCGCGGGUCCGGGUUUUAGUACUAAAAUUUCAUUGCAUGAUUUUUGACACUUUUUCUUUAAAUAUGUGUUCUUUUGAUAAAUCUGGAAAGAAAAGGUUUAGGUAGUCGAUGAAGUGGUUGUUGGUGCCCCUGCGAUCACAAAUCCAAAGUUUGUAACCCUAAUCCGAACAUCGGUGAGUUUUGAAACAUUUGAGUCCCCUGCUAACAAACUCAAUUCAGACAAUUGCCGUCUACCCGGAAACACACGCCCGCCGCUUCUCCGACUGCUCUCAUCUCGGAAUAACCGUUGAAGUGGUGCCCGACUAUGACGCUACAACUGAAGAAAUUCUGGAUAGGAUCACAUCCCGCAGGUCAGUUUAAAGCACCAACUCACCCAUUUUUUAGUAGUACCUGAGAAAACAACUCAAAAUUAUUCAGAAUCGCAUCCCCAGAAAGUGACGAAAUCGCCAUGUUCAGCUCAGUUCCGACGAAUAACAACCAGCAUUAA